AUGACUGUGGAAGACUACCACAAGGAGAUGGAGAUAGCCUUGAUUCGGCCUAACAUUGAGGAGGACCGAGAGGCGACAAUGGCUUGGUUCAUUUGUGGCAUGAACCGUGAGAUUGUCAAUAUUGUUGAGCUGCAUCACUACGUGGAGCUUGAUGAUGUGGUACACAUGGCAAUGAAAGUUGAAAGACAAAUUAAGAAAGGAGUGCGAUCAUCUUCCAAGUAUGAGGCUGCGAGAUCAGGUCAUAUUGCUUCUCAAUGCCCAAACAAGCGAUCAAUGAUCAUGUUGGAUAAUGGGGAGAUCGAAACUGAAGAGGAAGAUGAAGGAAAUGAGUCCACUCCAUCAGUUGAAGAUACUAGUGAUGUUGAGCUUGCUGUUGAUGGCCAAGCUCUUGUUGUGCUAAGAGCUCUCCAUAUGCAAGCCAAAGAAGACGAUGAUGGGCUACAAAGGGAGAAUAUCUUCUACACCCGCUGCCAUGUGAAAGAUCGGGUAUGUGGUUUGAUUAUUGAUGGUGGCAGCUGUGUUAAUGUGGCAAGCAAGUUAAUGGUGGACAAGCUUGACCUACCUACCUUGAAGCAUCCAAAGCCACGGACCACACAUGAUGGGUAUAAGAACCGCUACAGCUUCAGCAAGGAUGAUAGGAACAUUACACUUGCACCUUUGACACCUCGUCAAGAUUUUAAGGAUGUCUUUUUCGAGGAUACGCCACCUGGGUUACCACCCAAAAGAGGAAUCGAGCAUCAGAUUGAUCUCAUUCUGGGAGCUUCCAUUCCAAACCGACCAGCUUAUCGAAGUAGUCCUGAAGAGACCAAAGAGCUUCAAAGGCAAGUCGAAGAACUUAUGAACAAAGGACAUGUUCGUGAAAGCAUGAGUCCCUGUGCUGUGCCGGUGCUACUGGUUCCAAAGAAAGACGAGACUUGGAGGAUGUGCGUGGAUUGUCGAGUUGUAAACAAGAUAACGACAAAGUAUCGUCACCCUAUUCCUCGUUUAGAUGACAUGCUUGAUGAAUUACAUGGAUCCAUUAUAUUUUCUAAGAUUGAUUUGAAGAGUGGGUAUCAUCAAAUUCGAAUUAAGGAAGGGGAUGAGUGGAAAACAGCUUUUAAGACAAAACAGGGGCUAUAUGAAUGGUUAGUGAUGUCAUUUGGAUUGACGAAUGCUCCUAGCACAUUUAUGCAUCUCAUGAACCAUGUGCUAUGUGCAUUUAUUGGAAAAUUUGUUGUUGUUUAUUUUGAUAACAUUCUGAUCUAUAGCAAGAGUUUGCAUGACCAUAUUGAUAAUUUGAAAUGUGUGCUUGAAGCUUUGAGGCAUGAAAAAUUGUUUGCUAACCUUAAAAAAUGCAGCUUUUGCGCAGAUAAGGUUGUUUUUCUUGGAUUUGUUGUUAGUUCCAGAGGCAUGGAAGGUGAUGAGGAGAAGGUGAAAGUUAUCAGGGAAUGGCCUACCCCUAGCACCAUCACUGAAGUAAGGAGUUUUCAUGGCUUAGCCGGGUUCUAUAGGAGGUUUGUGCCAAAUUUCAGCACCAUCACUGCCCCUUUAACGAAAAUCAUCAAGAAUAAUAUUGGAUUUAAGUGGGGAGAGGCACAAGAGAAAGCCUUCAACGCAUUAAAAGAAAAGCUAAGUACUGCUCCUUUACUACUUCUACCAGAUUUUUCUAAGAGCCCAAUUGCCUACUUCAGUGAGAAGCUCAAUGGUGCAGCGUUGAACUACUCAACAUAUGACAAGGAGCUCUAUGCAUUGGUGCGAGCUUUGGAGACAUGGGAGGUGGUCCAUUUGUAUGGGGUCCCUCGAACAAUUGUUAGUGAUAGAGAUGUGAAGUUCCUCAACCAUUUUUGGGUUACACAUUCUUCUACUAAGUAUUCACCUUUUGAGAUUGUCUAUGGUUUUAAUCCAUUAACUCCAUUAGAUUUAAUUCCAUUACCUGUGGAUGAGAUUGCUAGCCUUGAAGGUCAAGCGAAGGCUGAUUUGGUGAAAAGGAUCCAUGAUAAGGCAAGAAAGGAGCGAUUUCCGAAACGAAGGCAAUCCAAGCUGAACCCACGUGGUGAUGGACCAUUUCAAGUAUUGGAGAAAAUAAACGACAAUGCAUACAAGUUGGAACUUCCAGGAAGGGGGGAUGAUACAACUCCGGAUCAGCUCCAAGCCAAUGAGACAGGACUGCAAGUCGAGAUGUACAUCCUGAACCACAAGGAGCAUGAAGAGGACUUGCACGUACCAGCUGAGCUGAUAAUGAAAACAGAGAUCAUGCAAGUUCAACAUGCUGUACAAGCAUUGACAUCUCGUAUCUUGGAAGGGCAGGCUAUGGAGUUACAGUCGAUGCCAUGUCGAAUGAUCAACUUCACACAAGUCGACCCUAAAAUGGGCUAA